CCGACGCAGCAGGUGUGGCGGGUCAUAAUGGGCCUGGAGGAGCACUUUUUGCUGAUACAGGCGUGGCUUUGUGGCGGCGGUCACGUGGCGCGGCGAGUGGAGGCUGGGCGCGAUGGCUUGUGGAUAGCGCACGGCUGCCUCGCGGGCCUCCACUCAGCCAGCCGAGGGAGUUUGCGCACCACCUGGCGGGAGGGGGAGGACGAGGCGGCGGCGGCGGCAGGUAGGAAGGUAGGCAGGACGAGGCCCCAGCCAGUUGCCCGGACGUGACCAGUCGAUAGUGCCGCCCUACCCGCUGGCGCUGCUUUUCUCCUCCUCUUCCUCCUCUUCCCUCUCCUCCACCACCACCACUACCACCGCCGCCGCUGCCAAAGCCUCCCCCCGGGCAGUCCCUCCCCCGCCACCCAUACGCGGCGGGAAGGUAACACCCGGGCCGGCGCGCGUCACCCUCGUCCCUGGGGAGCCCGCGAGGUGCAGGCAAUUAGCGGCAGGUGGCUGGCUGGUUAGCGUGGCGCGGCGCCCCCUGAGCCGCUGGUACACGCCCACAUGCCGCGGGAGGGGAGGCGUGGCGGAGAGGAGCACGCUGAGUGGUGUGAAGGCGCGGUGGCUGCGACGACGGCGGAGCGAGUCAGUCUGUGCUGGUGUCACGAGGCGGAGUGACGCGAUACACCACCACCACCACCGCUAGCUCCCGCCACACCUGGACCGCGACGGGAACAGGUGGAGCGAACACGGGGAGAGGGCGUGUGUUGGGCCGCGCGGAGCAUCAGGUGACUAUGGUUAAGGCGAGGAGCCCCCCACGCCGGGCGGAUCAGUGACCAAUGUUGCGGCUCUCCUCCGAGCACCACCUCAGCAAACCCGUGAUCAUCCACCCGCACAAAAUGUUCACCAACCGACGCAAGAGUCUCCCCGACCCCUCCAGCCUCACCAAGUCCUCCUCCACCACCACCACGUCCUCGGGGUUCUCCUCCUCCAGGACCACCAAGCGAAGGGCCUCCAAUGGCUUCCUUAACCCAGAGGUGAUGGCGGUUCCGGGCUCUGGUGGGCUGGGCAGCGGUGGAGGCGGCGGAGGCGGCGGUGGGCUGGCGGGCGACGGGCGGCUCCUCGUGGCGGACCUGAGACACCACAACUUCGACGCCAUCCGCUUCGCCUCGUACCGCACUGCCGCCAAACUCCGCUUCGUGCAAAAGAAGACCAACAUGCAUCGAGUGGACAUCUGGAACAUCAUCGAAGCGUUCCGGGAGAAUGGACUCAACACCUUGGAGCCGCACACUGAGGUCAAGGUGUCGCGGCUGGAGACCUUGAUCUCCACCUUGUACCACAGCCUGAACAAGAGGCUCCCGGUGGGCCAGCACGUGGUGAUUGAGUCCUCCACGUCAGUGCUCCUCAACUGGCUGCUUUCGGCUUAUGACCAUGACGACGAGGGAAAGCUGCGUGUGUUCAGCGUCAAGGUGGCGUUGGCAACCCUGUGCAGCAGCAAGCCACUCGACAAGCUCAGGUAUAUAUUCUCUCAAAUAUCUGAUGGUAAUGGGCAUCUCUCUCUGAACCGCUUCUCUGAGUACCUGAAGGAAGUCCUCUCACUACCAGCUGCUGUUUUUGAGUCUCCAAGUUUCUCAUACUCAGAAAACCUAGUUACCCAUAUUUUUGACGGGAUCAAACAGAUCAACGUCAAUGACUUCCUGGAGACCACGCUGGAGGACCCGGGGCCGGAGUGCCUGGCGUGGCUGCCGCUGCUUCACCGCCUUGCUGCCUCAGAGUCGGAUGCACUGUGGGCCGUUGAUCUCAUUGAUGAUGACUUUAUUGAUGAAUUUGUCCACCAAACCAUGUGUGAUGGUUGCCGCAGGGAGAACUUCACUGGGCUGCGCUACAAGUGUGAGAAGUGCCAUAACUACAGCAUGUGUCAGGAGUGCUUCUGGCUGGGACGCUUCUCUCCCCCACACUCCAUAGACCACCAAGUGAAGGAGUACACCUCCUUUACACCAUCCAGGCACUCCUUCCGUCGAAGCUUGCGCUGCGUGCCUGACCGGGCCACACUGGAGAGGCCACGCUUCCCAGAGCAUCCAGAGAAAACACUGAAUCUCUCUCAUAUAGUUCCUCCCUCCCCUCUACCCUCCCACAAUGGCUUUGAGGGUGGACCAGCGCCUCCUCAGUCCACCUCCCUGGAGAGUCGGUCAUCUAGCAGAAGUUGUGUCAGCAGCCUGCCAGACUGGGGUCAGCUGGACGAGGAGCACCGCCUCAUUGCUCACUAUGCAGCUCGGUUGGCCAGCCAAACCUCUCACUCAGGUAGUGAUAGUGUUGACUCCAGUCCUGGCUUUGAUGCGUCCUCUGCCCAGCGAGAUCUGAUACAGUCACUGGAGGCCAAGAACAGGGAAAUCAUGAGAGAAAUCAGCUCUUUAAGGAACAGAGUGUAUGUUUGCAGGCAGCAGCAGGAGCGGGUGGAGGGCAGCACCAACCCCACGCUGGUGGCCGAGCUGCGCGCCCUCCGCUCCCACCGGCACGAACUGGAGUCCAACCUCUCCUACCUCCAAGACUCACGCAAGCAGCUCAUGCAACAACUAGAGAGUUUAAUGAAAAUGCUCAAAAAUCACCAAACUUCCCCCACCACUCCUGCUGGCUCCCCCAAGUCCCCACCAUUCUCCAACAGUGGGUCCAUCAGCAGCAGCGUGCUCACCAGUCUCGCCUCAGGGACGCAGGGCUCCACUGGCUCCUCUCGGUCAGCUCCCCCCACGCCCUCACACACCGCUCAAGUGUCUACGUUAGACUCCCUCUCUUCCCUUCAUGUUGAUGGGAUGCAGUCAAAUGUUUCUUCUGUGUUCUCAAGUGCCGACUCAAGUUGUUCAGCGGACAAUUCUCCCGACGACAGCAUUGCCUCGCACAGCCUCAGGAAUGACUUGCUUGUAGCGGCCGACUCUGUCACCAAUGCAAUGUCUAGUUUGGUCCGAGAGCUUAAUUCAGAAAGUUCAGAUGAUGAGUCUCAGCUUGCCAGGCCCCUGCUGGAGCGAGACUAUGACUUCAAGGGUCUAUAUGAGAGCCCCUCCUGGCGUAGCAUGAACGAGGCGCCGUACAGUGAGGCUGAGGCGCACCCACACAGCCGCAAGCCUAGUAGAGACUUGUCUCAGGUUGGACUGAAGAGCAGCAACAAGUGGCACUCAAAUGAGAAUCAUGACGACUUGGGCUCAAGGAAGGAAGGAGACACACCUGACUGGGAGGAGGCAGGUAUGGGGUGGGUCAACCGGUAGACACUAACACCAGCCAGCAUGAACACCGUAACCUAACAAUCUACCAUCGUAUCGGCGAAUAGUGACUCUGUACCAUUAACCUUAUUAGACAUCACCAAGUAGAACAGUGGUGAGGUUGAACUACAUAUCCAUGAUCAUUUUUAUUGAGUGCAUUUUAUAUAGCAUGUGUUUCACCACAAAUCUCAUAACUAGGAAUCGUGAGUUGGGUGCACUUUGUAUCUUGUUCCUCAAAUACAACAUGACAAUGCCAGGUUUAUAUUGUUAGUCAUUUUGAUUCCAAACUAAAUCAAAUUUCACACUUCUCAUUUAUGCUGUUUCUGUUAAGGUAUGGUUUUAAAUUGUUCAGCUGAGAAAUAUUCAAAAUUACACCAUCAGAAAGCAAAUUUUGGCAUCUUUGUUCUCUGAAUUAUAAAGCAAACGUGAGGAAGUUACUAGUGAUUGUUACACCCAGUUCAGAAUUGUUUUUGUACCCGCCUCGUACAUUCCAACCCUCUUGUGUAAAUUAAGCUUAUAUUGGAUUGUCACAUGAAGCAACAACUUAUUAAUUUUAUCAGUAAUAUAUGUAUACAGUAUGUUUAUAUUGCUAAGUUAAAGUUAUGUAUAUAUUCUACUUUAUUCCGCUGUUAACUACUUUUGUAAAUGGCUAAUUUAUAGGCAAUAUGAAGCAAAGGUUAUAAUGAUGAGAGACAGCAGACAAACUGUUUACUUUUAUAAUAUUACUAACUUGAUUUCUUCAAGUGUUGUUUUUUAAUGAGUAAUUUAUAAUUCUGAGUGGCCAAAGAAUACAUAAAUCAUGGCUCUGAGGACCAAGAGUGUGGGCCAGAGGCUUUACCCUAAGGUACUGUAGGUAGGUAGAGGAUCACAUAUCAUUGAAAGUGUCUGUGGUGGUUUAUACUUAUCAUUUGUUUGUAGGACAAUCAAAAGUAAGUUUAAUAAUUAUGCAGGAGCAAAGCUUUGCACUGUUAUCUCUUGAUUAAUGUGCCUCGUGCUUGUCCCCGCGUUGACUUCUCCUUUGUGAUCUCGGUGUAGCAAUGCACUAUUCUUUCCUGUCACAUGUGAGCUGUAAAAUUGUCCUCUUCUCAGAUGCACCACAAGUAGCUAAUUGGAAUUCGGAGAUUGGUAAAUUUCUUGAUGUAGAAUCAUAGUUAUGGUUUGGGCCACCUGAUUGUUCUGCUUCACCUCAUUUAGAACAUUUGAUCUCACAGACAUUCCUAGACUUAUAAGUACGCAUCUUAGUGUUUCAUCUUCCUAAUUGUACGGUCUUGAUGUCUUACUCAGUCAUGUGUGAAAGCUAAUGGCAUCAAAAAUUAUGUUACUUCAGUACUCUUAAAUGGUGUUUAAUAUUAGUUUUUGUUCAGCACUUCCAUCACUUUACUGUUGUGAAGCCAUUCAUUAAGAGAUGAGGUCAACGGUGUACUAAGAGUUGGCUGUGAUUCAGGAUCAUUAAGCAAGAACCCUCGUUGCAGGAUAAUCUGUUUAACAUAAGAAAGGCAAAACAAAUCAAAACCUGUACAUCUUCAUUCCUUAGUAAAUUUCAUGCAUUUAAAGGAUACUGAGCUUAAUGUAGUCAAAAGCUGGUGAACAAUUGAAAAAAAUAUAUGCUGGACAUAUAAAAGGAGCAAAUUACUACUGAAAUAUUUGGAACCUUUAAAUCAGUAAUUUAAUGUUGGAUGAAGUUCUUUAUGUACUUGCAGAACUUCUUUGCAAAAUAUACAAGUAACCUCUCACAUCUCUUGCCAUAUAUGCAAACCAUGAUAUGGAAACUUUGACUGUUUCUUUCAAAGCCUUUCCCAACUUGACAUUAAUAGACCAAGCUGUAUAAUCAAGUCAAAAGGUAUUGACCCAACUCCAAUUAAUAGCCAAGAAUGGUGAGUUAAGUCUUGAAUGGAGCCACUGGCACUCACCUCUGCUGCUUCCCAUAAGUGGAAAGCAUUCUCAGAACAUAGGUUUCAAAGUAAAGGUAAAAGAUGUGUUAUUUCAGCCAUGACCAAUCCUCAUGUAUUUGGGAAUGAGUACUUUACAAAUGGGCCUUUUUUUCCAUAUUCAGUUUUCUUCCAAGACUAGGAAUAGAUUUUUCAUCAUCUAUGAGUAAUGGGUUAACAUGUAAGGUAUUGUCUAAGAUUAUUCAUUAAUAAACUGACAUUUCACUUCCUAUAUUUUAAGGGUAUGACAGCUGCUUUGACGGCUGAUAUUUAAGUUCUAGUCAUUCAAGGGUAUCAUUUGGCACUAGACAUGAGCUGUGAUGUUUACUAUUAUGUUAAAUGAUAGUUACAGUGUGGUCAAGGUAACAAAUAAAGGGAAAUUUAUCACAA